UCGGGGCGCAGACGGGCGGCCGCUUGCCUCUGGCGGGGUGGCGAGGCGCGGGGCCGUGGGCAGGCGGCCCUUCCCGGAACGUGCCCGCCCGUGCCCCCCCCACCUCGAGUGGCGGAGUGGUUCCGCCCGGGCGCUGGGCGCUGGCCGGGCGGUAGUGAAGGCGGCCGGGCAGGUGCCAGCAGAACAUGGCGUACCCGGGGCAGCCCGCCGCCGCCGGCGGUUACUACCAGGGCGGGUAUGGAGGAGCUCCAGGAGGACCAGCGUUCCCUGGACAAGCUCAGGAUCCUUUGUAUGGUUAUUUUGCUGCAGUGGCUGGGCAGGAUGGACAAAUAGAUGCUGAUGAGCUACAGAGAUGUCUGACCCAGUCAGGGAUCGCAGGAGCAUAUAAACCUUUCAACUUAGAGACUUGCAGACUCAUGAUCUCGAUGCUGGAUAGAGAUAUGUCUGGUACACUGGGAUUUAAUGAGUUUAAAGAACUCUGGGCUGUGGUCAAUGGCUGGAGGCAACACUUCAUAAGUUUUGACAACGACAGAAGUGGCACAGUGGAUCGUCAAGAACUAGAGAAAGCCUUGACAAACAUGGGAUUUAGAUUGAGCCCACAGGCAGUGUCAGCAAUCACAAGGCGAUACAGCACCCGUGGAAAGAUUACAUUUGAUGAUUACAUUGCCUGCUGUGUAAAACUCAGAGCUCUCACAGAAUGUUUUAGAAGAAGAGAUGCAUCUCAGCAAGGUUUUGUAAACUUCCAGUAUGAUGAUUUCAUACAGUGUGUAAUGAGCAUCUAAGUCAAAAAGAAGGAAGCUGUGGAUGAUCACAAUUACCAUAUUACCAUUCCGGUUUGUCUUUUGCUUUGCCAAAAGUUAUCAUGACUGUAUAUCUUAAUUUUGUAAUUUGCAUAUUUUAAAAUUACUGAAUUAUGCACUUGCCUUUAUUUAGUUUUAAUAAUGAUUAAACUAAAGUACUGUCAUCUUUAACCUCUAUUAAAGAUUUUUUUUUUUUUUUACAUAAACUUGUAAGUCACUAUGUGUAACUCAAAUUAUGUAGACAGUAAACUUUUCUGUAAUGUAUUUACUUCUGACCAGUUUCUGGAGUGCAGCUUGUCUUAUUUCAGACUUAAACAGUAUCAUGUAGACGAUGAUACAUAAGCUGAUACAUAUUCUUUUGUCUUUGACAGUAUAAGGCAGAUGUACAAAUAGAAAGAGUUAGCUUUUGGAAUCAACAUUUUACUGUGAUCUGUUAGAACAUCAGAAAAUUGAAGUUGCUUGUUUUGACAGCGAGGUGUUUUGGGGAUAAGUCAGUGGCACCAGGCAUUGUAAAUUGACCUUACUAGAAUUUCUUUCAAGCAGGGAUGUAUAGAAAUGUAGCACAGAACUUUUGACAGAGUGAUCUUGUUUACAGUGCUUUUAUUCCAGAAAAAUUAUCAUUGUUUGUGUCUGUAUAUUAAAACACUUCUAAAUGUUUAAAACUACUCACUGUCAGUUUAAUAUACGUCCCUUUUAACUAUGAACUUUGUCAGACUACAGUUACCUGUAAAUUAAUGUUUCUAUCUUCUUAACAAGUCCUCUUCCUGCCUUUCUAUAAAGACCAAAACCCACUUUGAAAAACUUUUACCCAUCUACUUAAGAUCACAGCAUGUCAUUACCUCUGCUGUGGACCUUACAUAGGGGCAGCUACAGAAAAGCAAGACUUUUUGGCCUGAGAUUUUCCAGGGCAAAAACGAUUUAAUUUAUAACAGAAAUAAAAACAGCUGCCCUUUUUAAGAGAAGAAUGGCAGAGGGAGGAACAUAAAUAUAUGGAAUUAGUUGAAACUUUUUUCCAAUUAAAUAAAGUCUUGGAAUUUUGGUUAAUUUUUGUCAUUUCUGCCUGCCACAGAAGAACAAUAGAUUAUUUUUUUCCCAGCUUUACCUAAUGCAAAGAAUCCCAGAUUCUUGCUGUUAGAAGAAUUGUAUUUCUUAUCAUGGUUUAGGGCACUUCUGGCAAAGGCACGCUUCUAGGGAGGAGCCUUUGUCCUUGAGGAUGAAAGCACGAAGUAAGUGUGUGUGAAAGUAAAAAAUAACUCUGUCACUGGACAAACAAUGGAAAUAAUUCUCAGGGGAGAAGGCUUGCUGCAAGAUGUGGUUUUAAACCCUUGUCAGCUGAGAAUAGUGUGGAAUCCUGGUCUCUAGCUUCUAGGCUAUAUAUACAAAGUGGGCUGGUACCACCUGAAGAAGCAAAUAGUGCUUCUUAAAAUCCUGUGUAUAAUGCUGUUAAUUUCAUUUCAGAAGUUCUUUCUGGUAUGAAAAGUGAAUUUUAAAGGCAUGAGUGUGAUUGUACACUGUUUUGUUGCAUGUCAAGUUGGGAAACAGACACUGAAUUUUACUAAGAGCCUUUCUAACAUAGCAACCAAAAUUUAGGUACAGAGGUUGACUGAAGUAGCCAAGAGCAGUUCUGCUGUAGUUCAGAAAAUUCAUGGCUGAAGCGAUGAAAGUUAAGAAAGUGUGAUGCAAAAGGCCAUUCUUUCUGUAGGAUUUUGAUUAGACUAUUUUGCACAAAUGCAGUAUUCAGUAUCCUUACACCUUAAAAAUGAUGAGACUUCUUUACCAAAACUCAUUACCUGCACAACUUUUAUCUCAUAUUUUUACUUAGUUAUGUUUCUGAAAUUACUGAUGACUAUGUGAAGGAAAACAUUACACAAGAAUGAAUGUAACAUUUUUGAGUGUAACUUAAGAUGAUCUGAGGCCUCCAGAAGUUCCACAGUCCAUUACACAUAUGAAGUUCUGCUAUAGAUUGAGACAUACUGAUGAAAUAAUAUGUGGGAGUGAAAUUGCACCUACAAGUAAAAGCUUGGCUUAACUGUUUGGCAUCUGGACUGGGAUGAAAAAUAGUCCAGUUUAUUAAAAUAGAUUUAUUGUGAGAAUAGAUAAAUGUGGUAUUUUGGGAAACAAAAUACAAAGUAGGUGAGGAUUUGGUAGGACCAGUCACUAUUUGUCUUUUUUUUUUAAUGUGUGUAUAGUAUGUGUGAAUAUAUAUAUAUAUAUAUAUAUAUAUAUACACACACACACACACACACACUCACUUUUAAAGUGAGUGGGCAUAACUAACGUCUACAGCACUGAAAGAAGAGCAACAUAUACUCCAAGUUUGCUUCCUCAGUUUGCUUCCCCAGGUGGAAUUACAUUUUAGUGCUGACCAACUACUGGGCCUCAAAAGACUGCAAAAACAACUAUAUACAAUAUGUACAACCAACAAGCUUGGUUUUUGUUUUGUUUUGUUUUUUUACAGAUCUUAGAAACACUAAACAAAGAAACCUGUAAAACAAAGAGUGAGCUCCAAAAACCAGGAAUGAAUUCUAGUUUGAACCAAAGAAAGAGUUGCCUUUUGUUGUCAAUAUGCAUUUCCAAAACCACGGGGUUCACAGGAACUGAUAGGUUAGAUCAUCUUCCUUGUCCAUAUAGAUACAAACUGAGGGGAAAAAAUACGAUUACUAUUGAGUGAUUUUAAGCGAAGUUGUCAUAUUACAAAAAAAAAAAAAAUUCCAAAAUGGCUUACCUAUUAAGAGUAUGUUCAGCAAGCAACUUGAAGUUACAGUCUGGUUGUUUUAGCAAGACACAGUUCUCUAACUUAAAGAGCUUCCCUUUCCCAAAAGGCAUAUUGGGAAGGUUCCCUGUAUGAUUGCAAGUGGGGUGAUUGCUCUUGAAUUUCAUGCAAAUUGGGAAUCGUUUUGCUGCUGUAGGCUUGGUUCUCUGUAACAGUAGUCUCUAGUUUACAGAAAUACAUGAUUUUGAUUACUAUUAAUGGGAAGAAAGAAUUCACACGCUUUUCUAGGUUGCCCUCAGACAUGCAAACCUAAAGUACAAUAAUUUCAGGUUUAUAACUGUGGGAACUUAAAGCUUUAAAAAGCUUGUAGGACCAUUUUCAGUUUUAAAAAUUGCAAAAUAAUAACUUCUGGAUUCUUUUACUAGCCAUUAUCGCUUUUUCCUAUGCAUUCACUGUCACUUUUUAAAGAGAACUUUAAAAUAGGAUAUGUAAGUGUAAAGAAAAUGUAAAUGAAGAAAUGAAAAAGAAUGUAGAGACUUGCAAGAACAAAAUACACACCAGAGUCUUUGUCAUUGAAAGUCACUUUACUGAUGUUACAAUAUGUUAGUUACAUUGAAAACCACAGGCAUUGUAUUAAAUACUCUCAUAGAAGUGGAUAUUGUGAUGCUGUUAUUAAAAGUGAGCAGGAAUUUAGAAUCCCAAAUUACAAUGGUUUUAUUUAUAAAAAGCAACGUUUUGUUUAGCUACAUGAAAGCCAGAUUCAUUCACUUCAACAGCCCAAUGCCUGUAAUGUUUAUGACAAAAAUAUCACACUCAAAGCUACAAAGUUGUAAAUUGCAAUGCUUCAUUUUGGUGUUUGUCAAAAUCUUUUGUUUCUAUUUUGUCAUGUAAAAGUUUUUAAAGGGUUUUGACUAGCAAAUACAACAAUACGAUGUAGACUGAUUGUUUUUGCUAACAUUAGCCCGGUCCCAGUGGUGAAACAAGAUUCUCCUUACCUCUCUAAACAUUUUACCAAUAGGGGCUAACAUCAGUGAAAAAAUAGAUAGCUUUUUCUUACAGCAAUGCCCAAGAUCAACAUUAGCACAAAAUGAAGCUGGCAGAGCCAACUGGUAUAUUCUACCCCCAAAGCUUUGCUGAAAGAACUGGUCAUACUGUAAAUAGUGUUUUCUCCAGCAGAUUAAAAAUUCUGUAAUGUCUUGCUAUUCUGAAAAAAAUAUUUUGCAUUUAUGCAACAAUAAAAAUAAGUAUUGUAUUCUAUAUAAAACA